GUCUGUGGGCCGUGACAGGUCAACUAGUCGUGAGUAUCUUUCAUAGCAAAAUAUUGCAGCCAGGUCACUAGGAGUAUUGUUCAUGACUGACUGAUGUUUCUGAAUAUGUGUCGCUUAGGUACAUCUAGGUCUGUGGGCCGUGACAGGUCAACUAGUCGUACAUCUAGGUCUGUGGGCCGUGACAAGUCAACUUGUGGUUUGUCAAGGUCCAGUUCUAUGAGCCGGGACAGUUCAAGUAGUCGUUCGUCCACGUCCGUGGGCCAGGACAGUUUAAGUAGUGUACCCAGGUCCCAGGCUGUGGAGAGCAAGUCCAUAGAUGGUCUUACACAUGAAAGUUCCAAAUACAAUAGGACUGUGCCAACCACAUUCCCGAUGUCAGAAGCGAAAUUCCAAAAAAUAGUACUCACAAAGCUGGUGACUCUGACUGAUGAAGUCAAAAAACUGCAGAGGAGCAUGCCUCACUCUGGAAUUGAAAUAACAAGGAUGGACACCUUGGAAGAGUUCCAGAGGGAGGAGGCUUCUCUUCAGGAAACAACUAAAUUUGAAACCUUGGUUUGUCAGCUGGCAAGAGUGGGGGGUAAAGACAUUAAAGACUGCACGUACAAAAUGUUGGACAGGCUCCUCACCAAUCAACUGAUGACCCUUUUCAACAUGAAGGGGAAGGGCAAAAAAGAGAAAAUGCGAUUUGAAGGCACAAAAUUGUUUUCAGCAAUAAAAGCUGCUGUCAUGAAAUGGGAUAAGGCAGCAACAGAGGCCCAAAUAAAGUCUGCUGCAGCCGAUCAUCUUAAGCAUGCCCCCGGGAGAGUCGGGGGUGGUGGCUAUAAAUGAGUUUUUUACCUUAGCAGCCACAUUUAGUUAAUUGUUACUUUAGUGAUAUGUUGUACUCCAUAAUUUAUGUUAAAGUAUUAUAGUGGAAGUGUGUGAAUUGAUAUUUUUACUUUUCUGCCUUUUUAUGCUUUAUUGUGUUAAUUUAUACUUUACUGUUCUCCCUGUUACGUUUUGGUCCAG